GCGCAGACACAGUUCAGACUCACAUCACACAGGCUACUUAGCGUUAGCUGAAGACCAGUCAUCAGUUUUCUGUUUAUAAAUCGUUUUUUCUUUUUGUCGCUACCAUGAAAGAUGUUAGCGGGUACCUCAAACAGCAGCAGAGCAGCCGCUCCACGCCGGAGAGUGCGGCUAAGUGGCACGCUCUGGAAGAUUUAUACAACAAAAGGUUGUGGCAUCAGUUGACACUGGACUUGACGGACUUUGUUAAAGAUCCAUGUUUCAAAACAGGAGAUGGCCUCAUCCAGCUGUAUGAAAACUUCAUCUGCGACUUUGAACACAGAAUCAACCCUCUGUCUCUGGUUGAGAUCAUGCUGUAUGUUGUCAGACAAAUGUCAGAUCCAAAAGAUGCCAUCACUUUUCUUGAGAAAACCAAAGAAAAGGUAAAAAGCAGCGAGGAAGCCGUCAUUCUCUGCAAAACAUCUAUCGGCAGUCUGAAGCUGGAAAUCAGCGAUCUUCCUGCUACAAAGAAAAUCAUCGAGGAGGUGGAGGAGAUGCUGAAUAACCUGCCAGGGGUGUCGUCGGUCCACGGUCGGUUUUAUGACCUCUCUAGCAGAUAUUAUCGCAUCAUCGGGAACCACGCCUCCUACUACAAGGACGCCCUGCGCUACCUGGGCUGUGUGGACAUCAAAGACCUUCCAGAGACAGAGAAGCAGGAGAGGGCCUUCACACUGGGCCUGGCCGGACUCUUAGGAGAAGGAGUCUACAACUUUGGAGAGCUGCUAAUGCAUCCUGUUCUGGAGUCCCUGAGGAACACAGACAAGCAGUGGCUCAUUGAUACACUUUAUGCCUUUAAUGCUGGAAACGUGGAGAAGUUCCAGGGCUUUAAAUCUGCCUGGGGCCAACAGCCUGACCUUGCAGCUCAUGAAGCUAAGUUGAUGCAGAAGAUCCAGCUGCUCUGUGUGAUGGAGAUGACCUUCACUCGCCCGGCCAAUCACAGGCAGCUCACCUUCACUGAGAUCGCUCAGAGUGCCAAAAUCCCAGUGAACGAGGUGGAGCUGCUGGUCAUGAAGGCGCUGUCUGUGGGUCUGAUCAAAGGCAACAUUGACGAGGUGGAUCAGAAGGUACAGAUGACCUGGGUGCAGCCUAGAGUGCUGGACCUGCAGCAGAUCAAAGGGAUGAAGGAGCGUCUGGACUCCUGGUGUGGCGAUGUUAAAAACAUGACCGUGUUGGUGGAGCAACAGGCCCACGACAUCCUCACCUGAACAGGUGUCUCUUCAGYCCACAGAAGAAACCUUCCACAUUUUCAUUCUUUUUCUCCUGGACGUUCUGUUUUUUAUUGCUCUCGCUGUUCAUGUUCAUCCUGUAAAUUACACUGUGCUAAUUUACAAAUAAACUAAAUAUCACAAAAAUAAA